AUGGAUAGGCAAAGGGAGAGGGAUGAGGAAAAAGAUAGGGGUACGGAAAAGGGGAGUGAUGGGCAAAUGGAUAGGGAUAUGGAAAAAAGAGAGGGCUGGAAAGGGGAGAAGGAUGGGGAAAAGGCAGUGAGAUUGGAAAAGGGAGGGGAAGUGGAAAAUGAAGGGGGUGGGGAAAAGGAGAAGGAUGCGGAAAUCGAGAGGGAUAGGAAAGGGGAGGGAUGGGGAAAGGGAGAGGGAUGCGAUGGAGAGGGAAAGAGAAAAGGUGAGGGAUGGGGAAAGAGAGAGGGGUCUAGAAAGGGUGAGAGAUUUGAAAAUGGAUGGGCAAAGGGGGAGUUCGAUGGGGAAAGGGGGAUUUAUAGGGAAAAGGGAAUUAUGAGGAAAGCGAGAGGUAUUGGGAAAGAGCGGAAGAUGGAUAGAGAUAUAGAGAAAAGUUUGUUUCCAUUGAUGGAUGUUCCCGGAAAGAAGCGUGACCCUUACCUUGACAAGGGUUCCGCUGACUCCACUGUCUACUGCCAGCCGUGUGGAGAAGGCGGUAAACGCUCUGUGGCCCAGGGCAUCUGUCAGACCUGCGAGGAGUACAUGUGCGCUCCCUGUGUCGAAUACCAUAAGAGAUUGAAGAUGUCCAGGAACCAUAUUUUGUUGUCAAAAGAUAAGAUGCCCUCCUUCUACCCGUCAACGAAGAAAUCAGCUAUCGCCGAUACGGAUUAUUGUAACAACCAUCCGAAGGAGAUGAUCAAAUUUUAUUGCCCGACUCACGGAGACCUUGGCUGUGGUGACUGUGUCGUACUCGACCAUCGCAGCUGUAAAGUUGACUUUAUCGCUGAUGUUGCUAAAGAAUUCGUCACUGCAAAAGAAUUCAGAGAGCUGGAGCCAUCGAUUAAACGAACUGAAGAUCUUUUAUCCGAGUUCAUUAGUAACGUCAAGGAGAUUUUUGGUGAUGUUAAAGACCAGUCUAAGGUUCAGAUAGAUAAGCUGAGAAAGUUCCGUGCAGAAAUUAACACAUACAUGGACCGGCGCGAGAAAGAGUUGCUCGACAACAUCGAAAGAGUCAAAGGCGAGGAUGACAACAUGCUGACUGCACUUAAGACCGAUUGUGAGUUGAUGAAAGACGGACUUGAAGCCAUGAGGACGGAACUGACUUCCGAUGACGUCCCGGUGAACCAGCGGUACGUGACGGCGAGGCGAGGCCAGAAGGAGCUACGGGGGAUAAAUGAGGGGAUAAAGAUGAUCGCUGGUAGGAUGAAGGCCCGGAAGUUUCAGUUUACUAAGGACCCGGAUAAGGAGCAGCUGCUGGGAUCGAAAAUUGGCAUUGGAACACUGGACGUGGCGGGAGAGAUUCAAAAGAAUAUUCCAGCUCCUGACCUCUCUACUGCCACAUGGAAGAAUGAAGCAGACAUCAACGUCAGAGUUUCACAGGAUCAGGCAACCUGCUUUAUUACCGGCCUCGCCCUUGUCUCUCCUGGUUUCUUCAUUUUGACAGACUUUCAUAACAACUGUGCCAAAUUGGUGGACGUCACAUCCCGCACCGUCACAUCCCGCAUCGAACUGAAUGUCAGGCCUUGGGACGUGUGUGUGCUCGAUGCUGACCAGGCUGCAGUCACUCUCCCGUAUAUUUCCAUAAUUCAGCUGCUGUCUACGAAAGGAGGGCAGUUGUCGCGUGGAAAGAAAAUUAAAGUAGCAAAUGAGUGUCGUGGUAUUGCGUAUUACAACAAUAGAUUAUACGUUUCUUACGUAUCAAACCCGCGUAUUGAAGUGAUGACAUUGGAUGGUAAUAUCAUUAGUACAAUUCAAACAGAUGAUGGCAGACAACCUUUCAAAAAACCACUAAACCUGACUGUGACAACUUCCACACCACUGACCCUGUAUGUGUCUGACUGCAAUGCACACACCGUCCUCCAACUGUCAUUAGAAGGGAAGGUCCUGCGAGAGAACAGGAACAAAAAACUCGAAUAUCCCAUGUCCGUAGUACAGGUAGGUCCGGGUCAACUGCUCGUGUGUGGGAGAGACAGUCUCAACGUAAUGCUGCUGACUGAGAAGGACGGCAAGAUGGCGGAAAUUUUGGAACAGAAGGAAGGACUGAUCCAUCCCUUUUCUGUGUCAUUCUGUCCUCACGAACGCGCAAUAGUUGUAGGGAUAUUAAACAGUGAUUCACUGAAGGUAUUUAAAGCCAUUUGA